AUGAAUGAAUUAGAAGUAGAACUACAAGAACGUGCCGACCAACGUUGGACAAUGAAACCAAAACAAGAAACUUUGUCAUUUGAUAAAGGAUUCUUUUUGUCGGUCAAAGCCAUUCAACAAUUGAGAAAGAAGAAUAAUGGAAGAGUGAUUGUUGUUGGUGUAGCCGGACCAAGUGGUGCUGGAAAGACAUCUCUUGCCCAUAAAAUAGUAUCUGUUUUACCAAAGACUGUAUUAAUUUCAUUAGAUAACUAUUUGGAUUCAAGUAGACAGAUUAUAGAAGAGAAUUACGAUGAUUAUAGAUUGGUAGAUUUUGAGUUGUUGAGAAAGAAUAUUACGGAUCUCACGUCAAACAAGGCCACCGACUUGCCAUUGUACGAUUUCACCAAGAGUGGUAGAUACGCCUACAACAAUGUACAACCACCUGAAUCCAAGGUUGUCUUGAUCGAAGGUAUCUAUGCGUUGCACGAAGACGUCAGAGAUCUUUUGGACUUGCGUAUUUCGAUUUCUGGAGGUGUCCAUUUCGAUCUGAUCAAACGUAUCUUUAGAGACGUGCAUCGUACGGGUCAGCAACCACACGAGUCGCUGCAACAGAUCACCGACACGGUAUACCCCAUGUACAAGGCAUUCAUCGAGCCCGACUUGCAACUGGCCGAAAUCAAGAUUGUCAACAAGUUCAACCCGUUCUCGGGUCUCUUGAACCCCAUCUACAUCCUCAAGUCGCUCAAGCAGGUGACCGUCGACCAGGUGGUCUCUGUGCUCCAAAAGCAGCCCACUCAACACACUGCGCGUUACUAUGACAUCUACUUGAUCCCACCCGGUGUCGUGUUGUCCGAGUCAUCGUCGUACGACUGGAUCCGUGUGCGUAACAGCGACGGUAUCUACAGUAUCAUGUUUAGUGAGGAGAUUAAAGAGUCGGGCUUUAUCAUCUCACCGCGUGUCGAUUUUGUCGUCGGUGUCAACAUGCUCGGCGGUCUCAUGUCGCUCGGAUACCAGAUGGUCGCCAUUAUUCAUCGCAAGUCGACUAUAUUCAAGGACGGUAAGAUCAUCAUCUCAUUUGACGAACUCGAAGAGCUUGGUCAAACCUACAUCCAGAUCAAGGGUUUUGACGCUGCCUCUGUCCAAGAAGCUGGCACCAAACUCGGUUUGGAAAACCAAUACAUCCAGAAAUCCUACAUCGAAUUGUACAAUGAAAAGUACAAGAAAACAGCUCCUCUUGUUCAUGGACAAGUUGCCGCCCAAGCACCAAAUAACUUUUCACUUGCAGGCUUUAUUAAUCCAAAAUUUACUAGUUAUCAGUCACAACCAAUUACCCAAGUCAAAAAGCAAACUCGCUGUGGUAGUACCUUUGAUGCUACCACCACCCCAUCUGCCCUUCUCUCCUCUUUCAACGGCAGCGACUCUGACUCUUCCUCCUCAUCCUCAUCUUCUUUGGCAUCUCUUAUCUUGGCUGCAGUCGAUGGCAAAAAGACCACUUCUGUGGUAGCUUCUGCCGCCUCUGUUGCUGCUGCUGGAUUUGCCUCGUUGUCUUCUGAUGCCGCUGUCUCCUCCACCUCCACUUCUGUCACUUAUUUGGUAAGAGAAGUUAAAGAUCUUGGUGAUAGAGGGUGUAAGGAAGCUUUGGAGUUAUAUUCCCAAAGUUUCUUCACUCCAUGUGAACCCUCAGAGAGACACAUCUCCCAACUUGUCCAACACCACUUUUACCGUGUGAUUGUGAUGGAAGAAGAGUCGAUUGCUGAGGACGGAACCGUCAGCAGCAUCAUGGUAGUUGCAUGCGCCUUUAUCAUUGAAAUUGAUGAAUUUCGUGCUUACCAUCUCGACUAUUUCUGUGUCCAUCCAAGCAUGCGUGGUAACGGUGUCGGUGGUAAAUUCUUCCACCGUCUCCAAGACCAUCUUAGAGAGGACAAGAUCAAGAGAUAUCAAUUGGUUACACUUGAAAGUGAAACGAAAAUGGUUGGUUGGUACUUGAAACAAAACGCCAUUCACUUGAACGUUGAAAGCGACCAUCUUCUCGAAGAUGGUGCUGAAUUGCGUACAUGGUGGUUAUUGUUUGUUCCUUUGGGAACCACUGCCAAAGGUGAUUCGGACCAGCACUCAUCCAUGGUCAUCACCCCGUCCAACAAUGGUGACAACGAUCGUGUCCCCACUCAAUCGAUUGUUAUCGACGCUCAAUACUUGGCUCGUCAUGUCAAGGGUGUCAAGCAUCUUCUUGCCCUUGCUUCCAAGUAUCCUACUACAAUGCACAAGUUUAUGGCUAGUGGCAACGUUAGCAGUGCUAGUAGUAGCGAUAUCGGUGAAGACUACUCUAACGAUUCCGAUAGUAGCAGUAUUAGUAGUGGAUUUGAAACUUCCUAUUUGGAAGAUAUUUAUUCAAACUAUACUGACGACGACGACGAUGACGGCGACGAUGACGAUGACAAUUAUGAUAGCCACGACAACCACCACGACAAUGAUAUGGAUAACCAAGAAAUGUUUAGUUUCUUAGUUAAUACUUAA